AUGCAUGCCGGCGCCAUCUCCGGUGGCGGCUCGGGGCACGGGAGCAGCGUGGCGCUUAGGGCGGCGCAGGCGGCGAAGCUGAGGGCGGCGCGGACGGCGCAGGAGAGGCACAACGUGCGCAUCGUGGGGACGGGCCCCGAGCUGCUCGUGCUCUCCCAUGGCUUUGGCUUCAAUCAAUCUAUGUGGACGCAUGUGUUGGAAUCGUUUGACACCGCACUGUACCGCAUUGUGCUCUACGACCUCACCGGUGCUGUAGGGUCAGACAGCGAUGCGUUUGACUUUCAGCGCUACAGCACGCUGCACGGCUUCGCAGAGGACCUGCUACAGCUGCUCACCGAGAUGGGCGUCGAGGGCGACUGGGGCCAGCAGUGCACGUUGGUGGGGCACAGGCAGAGCGGCAUGAUCGCACUGCUGGCAGCCAUCGAGCGCCCCAAGCUCUUCAAACGCAUCGUGCUGCUCGCCUCCUCGCCCAGGCUGCUGGAGGCCCCACCCGACUACAACAGCAGCUUUGGCCUCGCUGACCUGGACAAGGUCUUCGGCAUCAUGCAGGGAAACUUCCGGUUGUGGACAAAGGGGUGUGCACCGGUGCUGAACGCGGAUGAUGUGAAGGCGCAACAUGUGAGGGAGGUCACUCGGCCGCUCUUCUCGCUGCGCCCCGACGUUGCCUUCUCCUGCCUCAAGACCACUUUCGCAUGCGACCUGCGAGAAGUGCUGCCUCAGGUAGCAAUCCCAGUGCACAUGCUCUUUCUAGAGGGAGACCCUGCCACCCCCCCGGCUGUAGCAGAUUACAUGCUGCGUCACAUGCCCUGCGCUACAGCCGAGGCCCUCCCUGCCAGGUCCGUGCACCAGCAGCCUGAUGUUGUUGCGGGCGGCAUUCUUCGGCUGCUUCAGGCCGCCCCGGAGAACUCCAGUGGGUCUCAGUUGACAGGCGGUGGGUUGCGCCCGUGGCUGCGCAUGGGCGCGCCGGCGAUCAUCCAGUGGCAGCGCGGGGACAAGCGCACGGGCUUUUCCAAGCCGGUGCGCGCGCAGCGCGACGAGGGCGGCGCGGACGAGAACGCGUUUAAAGUGGUCAUCGACCAGACAUUCCGGGUCCCCGCCACGCUGUACCGCGAGCGCGGCGGUCCCGGCGCGCCGUACCAGCGCAAAACCGCGGCGUUUUCGAUCCACGAGGCGCAGGCGGACGACUCGGCGCAGCCCAAACCAACAGCGCUGGGGAAGGCGUCGCUCGACCUCUCCGCCUUCGCGGACUGCGCCGGCGUGCUCCCCCACGCGCUCCCCGUGCAAGUCUCCAAGUCUCUAGGCGCAGCGCUGGGACGCCCCGAGCUACACCUGACGGUGGAGUGCGUGGGGAAGAAGCUGAGCAAGGAAGCCGCCGCGGAGGAGGCGGGCGCGGGGGGCGCAGGCGCGCUGCCGCGGUUCUACCCGACGAAGCUGGAGCCGCUAGAGGACGCGGAGGACACGGCGGGGUCGUCGGGGGACGAGACGUGCUACUCGGACGCGGCUGGGUCUGUCACUGGCGGCGGGGGGAGCCGCCUCGGCCCGCUCUCCGACCAUGGGGGGAGCGAUUCGGAACAUAUGCGCGCAGGGGGUGCGCACGGGGCGCACGGCGCGCAUGGGGGACACGGGGGGAAGGGGUCAGGGAGGGAGCAUACGCGGAAGGACAGUGGGGCGUCGUCAGGGGGGCAUGAGAAUCAGAGCAGCGACACGGAGAUGGUCAGACGGGGGAGUGGCCCGAGGAGAGGGCAUGCUGGAGGGUACGAGGACCAAGGGGGCUCCACGCCAGGCUCGGCAACAGGUUCGGCAGCAGGUUCGGCGGCAGGUUCGGCAAGUGGUUCGCCAAAGCGAGCGGGAGAGGGGAGUAGGACUUUGAGGGGCGCGCCGGGGAGCGCAAGGGAGGGGAGAGGGGCGGGCAGGAGCGAGAAAGGGAGGGGGAGGGACCGCAGGCGGUUCUCAGGGGGGGAGAUGGACCUUAACCUCGCGUUCCAGGCGUCAGCGGGGGGAGCCAGAGCGCAGGGCGCGGGGGCCGGGGGAUUGCCGCCGGUGGGCGCGGGUGGCGCGGGGGGCGCGGGGGGCGCGGGGGAAGGGGGGCUGGGGGGUCGCAUGGCGUCCCUGCCUGUUGGUGGGGGCGUGGAUGGGGCGAUGGAUGACGCAUGGGCGCAGAAUGCGUGGGAGGAGGGGGAGGAGGGGGAGGAGGGGGAGGAGGGGGAAGAGGGGGAUGAUGGUCGAGGGGAAGGUUUGGAGGAGGGGGAGGACGAGCGGGGGCAUGAUGGGUUUGGGGAGGAGGAGGGGGAAGCAGAGAUGGAAGGAGGAUCGUUUGAAGACCUGAAUGACGCUUUUGGUAACGUUGGGGGUGGUAACAUGGGUGGUGGGGGCAAGGGCAGGGGUGGUGGAGGAGAGGCAGCAGACAUGCAUGACGUGUAUUCGCAUGAUAUUUACGUGCAUGACCCACAGGGCACCCAUGGUGAUGAUGGGGAUGAUGGUGGCUUGGAGGACAUGUAUGGGCAUCACGACAUGCAUGAUAUGUACGGGCACCAUGCCAUGGGGAGGGGGAUGGGUAUGGGAGGGGAGGAGCAGGAGGAGGAGGUGAGGGAGGAGGAAUUGGAGGACCUGUCUCUGGCGUACGAGAGGGGCGGGCCGGGGCAACCGCAUGCGGGCGGCAUGGGGCCGGACGGAGGGAUGGGGACAAGGAAAGGCGGGCGGCAGCAGCAGCAGCAGCAGGGAGGCGAAGAGGAUUAUUGGGGCGAGGAGCAGGAGGGGGAGCAGGGGGGGAUGCAGGGGGGGUACGGGCAUGGGCGCGGGUAUCCAGGUGGCGAGGGCUAUGGGCAGGGAGAGGGGGACUAUGGGGAGGGGGGAUAUGAAGAGGGGGAAUAUGGGGAGGAAGGGGGAUAUGGGCAUGGGCAAGGGCAAGGGCAAGGGCAUGAGCAUGGGCAUGGGCAAGGGAAGAGGAGGCAGGGGCGAGGGGGGUAUGAUGAUGCAGAGGGGGAGUAUGUACAAGUGGAUGAAGGGGAGGAGGGGGAGGAGGAGGAGGGGGAGUACAUGCAAGAUGGUGAUGAGGGCGAUGGGUAUGAUGAUGGCGCUGGUGGCGCCCGCAUGAACGGGGGCGAGGGGGAAUAUGAUGAGGCGUUUGGGUUCGAGCAGAGGCAGGGCAGCUAUGGCCGUGCGGCCGACAGGUACGGGGACCAGCAAGGGGGGUACGAGGAUGGGUACGCAGAGGACGGGUAUGGGGACGGGUAUGGAGAGCAUGGCAAUGAGCGGGGCGGGGGAGAGGAGGAGCAGGACGAGCAGCAGGAGCCGGAGGAGGAACAAGAGGAGGAGGAGGAGGAGGAGGAGGAGGAGGAGGAGGAGGAGGAGGAGGAGGAGGAGGAGGAGGAGGAGGAGGAGGAGGAGGAGGAGGAGGAGGAGGAAGAGGAAGAAUUCGAGACGCUGCCUCCGCCACCACCAAAAUCCCCCAGGUUCCGGCAGCGGUCGUUAGACGGUAAGGACCCCGGUGCUGGUGGUGGUGGUGGUGGGGGCAUGAGUCCGUUCAGUGAUGGGCUGCUAUAUGGUCUCACGUCGCCCUCCAGCCCGGCAGGUGACCUCUUCCCCGUCAACCUCAAGAAGCCCAUGCCCUACGUCGGCGGCUCUUUGGGCAUCGAUGCGGUUACCGCGUCGCCGCCCCGUGCUGGAAGCAGCGGCGGCGCCGGCGGGGGGAGUGGGUCGGAGUCGGGUAGUACUGGCGGGGGCGGGGGCGGGAGUGGGGGACGGGGGGUGCUGGGGCAGUCCAAGAGCAUGAAGGUAGUGGGGGAGCGGGCAGGGGAGAGAGACGAGGAGCGGGGAGGGGGGGACGCAUCGAGUUUGGAGUUUGAGUGGCGCAAGGUGCGGACAGAGAAGAAGCUAGUAGAGGAGGAGAAGCGAGCCCUGCAGACCCUGGGGGACGAGGUGCAGCGGCUCAGGGUGUGGGCUGAGAACGAGCGCGCGCGGCUCAAGAAGGAGCACGCGCAGAUUGAGAUGGAUAAGAAGCGGUGCAGUGAGUUGGAGAGCCAAAUGGCGGAGUUUUCGGCGUGGUCGGAGGCGGAGGAGGAGAGGAUACGGAGGGAGAGGGAGGAAGCAGAGCAGAUGAAAGGGGCGGCAGAGGCAGCGGAGAGGCGGGUGAGGGAGGAGAGGGAGCGGUUCGAGUGGGAGCAGCAGCGGGUGGCUGAGGAGAAAACGCACCUUGACGAAGCUGCUGCUUCGGUCGCCGAGGCUCUGGCUCGGGCUGCUGAGGCUGAGGAGCGGGCGAGGAGCGCAGAGCGGAAUUUCGGGCGGCUGCCCGGGGAUUUGAGAGACGCUGCAAUGGCUGACGUGGCAGUGUAUGCUGUACGGCCAGAGCACGGGGGAUCUGUCCGGAAAGUUCACACUCCCGCGAGACGAAUAGCGAGGGCUUACGCAUUCGUGCGAGUGCAUGAGGGGGAUGAGAGGGUGGGGGGCGUGGCGAGAGUGGCUCCCCACUCUGCCAAUUCCUCCUCCUCCUCCUUCCCCCUCUCCGACCGAACCUCCUCUGGUUCCGAACCGGAUUCCGAACCUGGUGGGGGCUCCGGGCCUGGGAAAAGGGGUGGGAGGGGAGGGAAGGGGGGAGGUGGAGGGGCAGGGGAAGGGGCGAGUGGGGGGGGAGGGGGGCGGGAGUCGUGGGGGAGUCCGGGGGCGGUGGUGGCGGCGCUGAGGCGGCUGGAGGAGUGGCAGCAUGAGCGGUGCUUGCAGCUCGUGUGGCGCAAGGUAUUCCUCCCGGCCCUACGCCGCUCCCCCUACUUCCAGCCCUCUGCCUCCUCCUCCUCCUCCUCGUCCACCCUGUCAGCCGCCUCCUCUCUCUUCUCCUCCCUCGCCUCUGCCACCUCUACGAGUGCCUCCGUGUAUGUCUGUCCUUGUAUUCCUUCCCGCCCUACGCCGCUCACCCACCUCCCAGCCCCCCUCUCUCUCCUCCUCCGCGUCCACCCUGUCGGCCGCCUCGUCUCUCUUCUCCUCCCUCGCCUCUGCCGCCUCUACCAGCGCCUCCUCCCUGCCGUGGCCGGGCGGCAGCACCGUGGGCGGCGCACUGGGGCUGGGCGGCCAGAAGAAGCCGGCAGCGCCCGUGGCAGGAGGAGUGGGAGUUCAUCUUACCAAUAUGUCUCCUCUCAUCAACCCUUCUCCUCCCAUGCCACACCCCUCUUCUCCUCUCAUCAACCCAUCUCCUCCCAUCCCACACCCUCUUCUCCUCUCAUCAACCCAUCUCCUCCCAUCCCACACCCCUCUUCUCCUCUCAUCAACCCAUCUCCUCCCAUCCCACACCCCUCUUCUCCUCUCAUCAACCCAUCUCCUCCCAUCCCACACCCCUCUUCUCCUCUCAUCAACCCAUCUCCUCCCAUCCCACACCCCUCUUCUCCUCUCAUCAACCCAUCUCCUCCCAUCCCACACCCCUCUUCUCCUCUCAUCAACCCAUCUCCUCCCAUCCCACACCCUCUUCUCCUCUCAUCAACCCAUCUCCUCCCAUCCCACACCCUCUUCUCCUCUCAUCAACCCAUCUCCUCCCAUCCCACACCCCUCUUCCUACCAGACGCUGAGAGGGCUCCGUGGUGGAGCAAGCUGGUGGGUGUGGAGCGGUGGAGAGCGGUGCUGCACGAUGCGUCCUUCAGCCUCUGCCCGCAGCGUGCCAUGGGGCGAUGCUGCGGCUGCCUGUACCUGUUGGAGAAGCAGGUGGGUGCGUUUCUCAGAAGCAGGUGGGCCCUUUUCUCCAAGGUCUUGGAGCACUGUCUGCUCCGCCUUGACUCUGCAAUCUUCAACGCACUCCUGCGCUCCAACCCUGACGCGCCGCCCGCCGAACCUCUUGCCGACCCUGUCACCGAGCCUGCAGCCCUGCCAUUCACAGCCACGGGCAAGCUCACCUACUCGCACGGCAUGCACCUCAAAUACGCCACAUCAGCAUGGGCCACCAUUGCUGCUGCGGCACCAGGGGCGGCAGUGGCAGUGACAGGGGGGCCGGGAGAGUGCUUCCCAAAGCUGAGGGCCAUGGCACAGGUGCUGCUUCUGCCUAAGGACUUGUUGGCCGACCAGGAGGCACGGAAAGAGGUGUGUGGCGAUCUGACGCUGGCAUUGCUGCGGCGCAUCCUCCUCAUCUUUGCUCCCGACGCCAACGCACCCGACCCUGUGUCAUCUACCCUGCUGCAGCAACUCAACAGCGAGGUGCAUAGCGAGUCGCGGCGGGGCAAAUCCAAUCCUUCCACCGACAUCGCGCCUCUCCCCGCCACGCCCUACACCCCGCCCCCUUCGCCAUCCAUCCGUCUCCUCCUGGGCUCCGUGCGGCUACUGCACCUGCCCCAUGCGGGGUCCUCUGGUCUGGCUCUCGACCGCGGGUAUGACAGCGACGAGGAGCUCCGGCUGGUAGAAUCCCCCGCUGACCUCCUCUCCCACAUGCUGCUUGAGCUUGACAGGGGCGGCAGUGCAGGUGCUGGUGCUGGUGCUGGUGGUGGUGGUGGUGGUGGAGGAGGGGCGAGUGGGAAGGGUGGGGCGGGGAGGGGUGCGGCGGCGGGAGUGAAGGGGCGGGUUGUGGGGCACAAGGACGGGUAUAAGAGCUCGGGGUACCAGCUACUGGCGGACAUGUGGAGCAGACAGGCUGCUGGCAGUGGCAGUGCUGCCUCCUCGCAUUCCUCUGGUGACCCAGGUGCAUGGUAG